UUUCAAGAAAUAAAAAAGUUCGAUGAUUCCGUCCUUAAAUUAUUCACGGAAAUUUGCUGAACACACUCAUUACCACCAACAGCUGGUGAGUGGUGUGUCACUACCAAAAAACCGCUGUAUUGCUAUUUAAGUUUGUUUUAUUUAUUUACAAAGUUGUAUUCAAAUUAUUUUACAAAAUAAAAUAUAUUUAUAAAUCGAAAAUAAGAACUUUACUAUGGAAAAUCAAACACAAAAUCUUUGUAGAGUAUGCUUUGAAGUUGGACAUUUCCACCUCAAUGGAUAUGAGAUAAACAUUCAAGGAAAAAACAUAUCAAUAGACGAGAUGAUUAAAAGAUUCUCCGAUAUGGAAUUUACAGCCGAAAAUGCACCCGAGUUGAUAUGCGAAAACUGCACACAUGACCUCGUACAAAGCUAUUUGUUCUUUGAAAAAAUAUUAGAAGCCGAUGCUAAAAUCCUGAGCCUCGCACAAGUCCACGAAGAAGAGAAACAAUUUUACGAACCAGAAUUAUUGGAAUUAAAAUCGGAAAACCAUGAUGAGGAAGAUGCAAGUCAAACUAUAGAAGGCCACGAAGUUAUGAGACAAGAUGUAGAAGGUCAGAACGAGGAAGUUCUAAACUCUAAUGAGGUGACCGUCUACGAAGAGGACCAAUGUGACCUUAUAGAGGAAAUCGCCGAGUCAAAUAUUGUCGAAGAAAUGUACAUAGAAUCUGAGAUUUCGUCGGACGAAAUUGAAGAAAAGAUUCCUACUGCAGAACCAAACGCAUUACCCGCACUUGAAGCUGAUCCACCCGAUGUGGAGUAUAAUGCAGCACCUAUCAACUAUAAUUUUUUGGAAUUCGAAGGCGAAGUCGAAGGAGAGGAAUCAACAGAACCACGAAGAAAAUACCAGAGAAGAAAUAAAGAAGAAAAUGAAAUCGACAAAAAUGGUUCCUUUAUCGUUACUAAAUUCGCCUGCUCCACAAGUGCUCCAGGAAUGCAAAGGAACACAAAUACCGAAGACAAUGACGAAGUUACAUUAAGCGAUGUUCGUAUAAUGAACUACGAAACGGUCGAGGUCAAAGCUGGAAACAUCGAUGUACUCAAUCAAGAUGGACAAAAUGAAUUGCCAAUAGAUGAGAGUCGGGUUUACUUAUGCCAGUAUUGUCCUCGAGCUUUUUCAUCUUCAUCUUUUCUCGUUGCCCAUGUUAGAAAGACGCACGGCUGUAAAUUCUGUUCGAGUUUGUUUGAAAAGGCAAAAGAUCUGUAUGCGCAUAUUCGAGAGGCUCAUUCAAAAUUCGAAUGCGUGGUGUGUUGCAAGGAGUUUGCCAGCAACAGUAAUAUGCGCAAUCACUUGAAGACUGUACACAAAUUAAAGGUGCCUCCAAAUGUUUCACUCAUAUCAUAUAAGAGGCAAAGUGAGAUGGAAGAGACAGUUUAAACAUUGUCAUGCAAGCAUAAAAUAGUUAAUAAAUAUAAUUGUUAUGGUAUAAUUUAAAUUUAGCUCAAGAAAUAAAACUUUUUACAAAAUGUGUGUA